CUAGCUGUCGCGCGUGAAACUCUGUCGCGUCUGAAUCUCCGCGCGCGUGGAAAGAUCGAUAUGAGAUCGAAAUUUUGUUUCGUGCUGAUCGUGUUGCCCGCCGUUUUCCACGCAAAUACUGCGACGGAAAAAGGCAACUCCGAAGAAGUUCCUUGUAUAGACAAGAACAAGUUUUAUCGAAAUCCCAAGACUCCACCGCACAGCGUCUGGUCGUCGGUGGAAUGUAGCAAAUACUUCCUCUGUUUAGAUAAUGAAGUGUACGAAUUUAAAUGUUCGCAAGGGCUUCUUUUCGACGUCUUUAAACAGAUAUGCGACUUUAAGACAAACGUCGAUAAUUGUGACGUAACUUCAGACGCUCAACCAGCUAAACCGUUGCUCAGAGAUGGUAACUGCGAUGAGGAAAGUUUGGCUUGCGGGGAUGGCACGUGUCUCCCGGCUUUGUACUUCUGCGACGGGAGUGUCGAUUGUCCCGACGGUUCCGACGAAGGAUGGUGUGACAUGCGACACGAUACAAAUGCCGCGCCGGUUUGCGACGCGCAGAAGUGCCGAUUACCAAGUUGCUGGUGUUCCAAGGAUGGGACUGAAAUUCCGGAAAAUCUCACUGCACACACAGUGCCACAAAUGAUAACGAUCACAUUUGAUGACGCCGUAAACGCCGACAAUUUCGAUUUUUAUUCAAAAAUUUUCACGAAUGACAGAAAAAAUCCGAAUGGUUGUCCGAUAAAAGGUACUUUUUAUAUCAGUCAUCAGUAUACAAAUUACAGAGACGUGCAAUAUUUGUGGAACACGGGCCAUGAAAUAGCCGCGCAUUCCGUUACGCAUCGUGGACCAGAAGAAUGGUGGGCGAAAAACGCAACAAUCGAAGAUUGGUUCGACGAAAUGGUCGGAGUGGCAAACAUCAUUAAGAAAUAUGCAGCGGUUCGUAUUGGCGAUAUCAAAGGUAUAAGAGCCCCCUUUCUGCAGAUUGGAUGGAAUCGCCAGUUUCUGAUGAUGUCGGAAUUUGGUUUCGUUUACGAUUCUUCAAUAGUCGCGCCAUUCUCCGAUCCACCUUUGUGGCCCUACACGCUUGAUUACAAACCGCCACAUUCGUGCAUUCAACAACUUUGUCCCACUCGCUCUUUUCCAAAUAUCUGGGAACUACCUAUAAAUCCACUUUUAGCGAACGAAUAUGUUUGCAACACUGUGGAUUCAUGUCCUGAUAAUUUAUCUGGCGAAGAAAUUUACAAGUUGCUCAUGCUAAACUUCAAGAGGCAUUAUCUCACGAAUCGGGCACCUUUUGGCUUACACUUUCACGCAUCAUGGUUCCAAAAUCCAGUAUAUUUUUAUGCCUUUAAUAGAUUUGUCGAUGAUCUACUUCAACUGGACGAUGUAUUCUUUGUUACGAGCCAUCAGAUUGUGGAGUGGAUGCGCAAACCAACAUCUCUCAAUGAAAUCGAAAAGUUCACACCUUGGCAAUGCACGAAUAAACAUUUUGAAACGUUUGAAAUUGCCUGUACUUCACCAAACAGUUGUAAAUUACCUAAUCGAGUUCUCAAGUCGUUCAGGUAUUUACAUACAUGUUUUGAAUGUCCGAAACAAUAUCCGUGGGUAAGAAAUGAAUUCGGGACUGAAUAAACCUAAUUAAUAAAACCACAAGCACUUUAUCAUCUCAUCAAAAGUAGAAAGAAAACUUAAUCCAGAAUAGUGUUGAAUUGGAAAUUCAAAUAUAUAUAAAUAUAUUCAUACACAUAUGUAUAGUCUUACAUUAGGUACUUAUUGGUUUUUUAUUUUAGUUUCAAAUUUUGCAUUCAUUUCAUCUGUCAUCUUCAUAUUGUUUAUGUUACUAAGAAUUUAAUUGCACUAUAUGUGACACAAGUGCAUAUUAUUUAUUAUAAAUAUAGAAAUAAACACACUUUUAGUAAAAUAUCUUUCUGUUCUAUAUAAAUAUAUAU